AUCUGCGGACCGAUAGCCGCGUGCUGCUGAGAAAGCAAAGCGACUUUCUUCUGUCCAUGAGGACUCGCAUAAUGCACGAGCGCUGAAAUGAGGUGUCUCGUUUGGGAUCCAGGAUAGGGGCAGGCACCAGCUCGAGUCCUGCCCUUUGAGAAAGAAGACGCUGAAUUGGAGAGUUCUAGGAGAACCCGAAGGAUGGAUUCCCUUCGCUUUUGAUACUGUCUCUGUCUCAAAGUGCUUCGGACGGGCAUUCAUUCGCUAGCUGAAAACUGGGUGAUUUGACUCCAAGCUCCGUGCUAGCAACUCUGUGACUGGCCUGCACAAUUUAGGAAUGUUAACCAUGGACAACUUGGAGAGUUCCUCCCUCCUGCUGUAGGAAGGCUCUUAGGGCAAAAUUUGAACUUGGGUAGUGCUCUAAACGUCGCCUUGAUUUUUACGCUGCAGCACAAUGUCUUCUGGGAGGGUCCGAGCAAAGAAAAAAACAGUGACAUUGGAUCAGUCUCAUGACAACCUUCCUUUGAGGAGUUCAGGGAGGCAGGUACGGAGGAAAGCUGCUGAUACAGUGGAAGACGAUGAAGAUUCUUCAGAGAAAAAGUAUCGAAAGUGUGAAAAGGCAGGGUGUACGGCAGCCUGUCCAGUUUGCUUUGCAAGUGCAGCUGAAAGAUGUGCUAAAAAUGGCUACACGUCAAGAUGGUACCAUCUCUCCUGUGGGGAGCAUUUCUGCAAUGAAUGUUUUGAUCAUUAUUAUAGAAGUCAUAAAGAUGGCUAUGAAAAAUACACUGCCUGGAAACGGAUUUGGACCAGUAAUGGGAAAAGCGAACCUAGUCCUAAAGCGUUUAUGGCUGACCAGCAGCUCCCUUAUUGGGCACAGUGCAUGAAACCUGAGUGUGGAAAAUGGCGUCAACUGACAAAGGAAAUCCAACUUACCUCACAAAUAGCCAGAACAUAUCGUUGUGGCAUGAAGCUCAACAAUUCCAUCAAGGUGGAAGGCUCAGAUCCGUGCUCCAUGCCUGAGGAUCUGAGAGUUGCUGAAGUUUCAGAUGCCUGGUGGUACUCCAUGCUCAUUCUCCCACCUUUACUGAAGGAUAGCAUGGCUGCACCUUUGUUGUCUGCCUACUACCCAGACUGCGUGGGCAUGAGUCCCUCCUGCACCAGCACUCAUCGGUCACUUGGUGAAUCCAAUGCUGUAAAAAUGGAGCACUUGAAGACCCCGCCUACUAUAGCUGGAAUGAACAAGUACUUCCAGCCUUUCUAUCAGCCCAAUGAAUGUGGUAAAGCACUCUGUGUAAGGCCAGAUGUAAUGGAACUAGAUGAACUCUAUGAGUUUCCAGAAUAUUCGAGGGACCCCACCAUGUACCUGGCUUUGAGAAACCUCAUUCUGGCUCUGUGGUACACAAACUGCAAAGAACCUCUCGCCCCUCAGAAGUGUACUCAUUAUAUCAUUGUGCGAGGUCUUGUGCGUAUUCGCUGUGUACGGGAGACAGAGCGGAUACUUCAUUUUAUGACCAGGAAAGGUCUGAUCAAUACAGGGGUUUUGUCUGUUAAUCCCGACCAGCGUCUUCUUCCAAAAGAGUAUCACAAUAAAUCUGUAAUUGUGGUGGGGGCUGGUCCAGCAGGAUUAGCAGCUGCAAGGCAACUUCACAAUUUUGGAAUCAAGGUGCUUGUCCUUGAAGCGAAGGAAAGAAUCGGAGGGCGAGUGUGGGACGACAAGACGUUCAAAGGACUCAUUGUUGGGAAAGGGGCGCAGAUUGUGAAUGGCUGUGUCAACAAUCCAGUAGCACUUAUGUGUGAGCAAAUGGGAGCUAAGAUGCAUAAACUCGGGGAGAAGUGUGACCUGAUUCAGGAAGGCGGGAGGAUAACUGACCCCACGAUAGAUAAGCGUAUGGACUUCCAUUUCAAUGCCAUCCUCGAUGUUGUAGCUGAUUGGAGAAAGGAUAAAAAUCAGCAUCAAGAUGUUCCUCUUGGAGAUAAAAUCCAAGAGAUCUAUAAAGUUUUCAUGCAGGAAUCUGGUAUCCAGUUCAGUGAACUGGAGGAAAAAGUCCUGCAAUUUCACCUCAGUAACCUUGAAUAUGCCUGUGGCAGCAACCUCCAUGAGGUUUCUGCACGCUCCUGGGAUCACAAUGAAUUUUUUGCUCAGUUUGCUGGUGAUCACACUCUUUUAAGCUCAGGGUACUCUUCCAUAAUGGACAAAAUGGCAGAAGGCUUGGACAUUCGGUUAAAGGCCCCAGUCCGUGGUAUUGAUUGUUCAGGAGAAGAGGUCCAAGUAACUGCCGUAGACGGAACUCAGUGGACUGCCCAAAAGGUUUUAGUUGCCAUACCUCUGACUGUACUUCAGAAAGGUGCCAUUCAAUUUAACCCAGCUUUGCCGGAGAGAAAAAUGAAAGCUAUUAAUAGUUUAGGAGUGGGAAUCAUCGAGAAGAUUGCACUGCAGUUUCCUUACAGGUUCUGGGACAGCAAAAUUCAAGGAGCUGAUUUUUUUGGCCACAUUCCUCCUUCUUCCAACAAGCGUGGCCUGUUCAGUGUUUUCUAUGACAUGGACCCACAGCGUAAAGGCUGUGUUCUGAUGUCUGUCAUUACUGGCAGUGCCGUGACAAGUAUUAAGAACAUGGAAGAUAAGCAGGUUCUCCAACAGUGCAUGAUUGUCCUUCGUGAACUGUUUAAGGAACAAGAAGUGCCAGACCCAGUUAAAUACUUUGUUACACGAUGGAGCAAAGAACCUUGGAUCCAAAUGGCAUAUAGUUUUGUAAAGACUGGUGGCAGUGGUGAAGCUUAUGAUAUCCUAGCUGAAGACAUACAAGGAACAAUUUUCUUUGCUGGCGAGGCCACCAACAGGCACUUUCCACAGACAGUUACAGGAGCAUAUUUGAGUGGCGUCCGAGAAGCAAGCAAGAUAGCAGCAUUUUGAAUGCUGAACUACUGUUUACAGAUUUUUUUUAAAAAAAAGCUUCUUCCAUUUAAAUGUUCUGGGUUACGUAUCAUUCCAUCCCGAAGUCAUACUUACAAAGAGACAACUAUCAUCAUCUUCUGUUUCACAUUACUUUUCUCCACCUGAAGAUGCAGUUAUAUCCAUGUUUUUCAGCAUGGGAUGCUGAGUGACUUAUGAGCAAUGUCAAUUGGCCUUUGAGUGCCCAGACCUCUGUGCUUUCCUUGUUGGUCCCUCUGAGGUUAAACUGUAGGAAACUUGAUCAUGAUAGUAUUUUUAAAAGAACAGUGGGCAGACUGUUGAAUAGUUCAAUAGCAAAUGGUGGAUUUGAAAGAAAGGUGUCGGUUGCCUCCAAUCAUGUUUUGAACAAUGUAGAUGAUCCCUUUUAAAUCAAACUACUAGAGCUGCUCUCAAACAUAAUAGUAGAGUUGGCUGGCAAUUAAAAGAAAGGCAUAGAACAGUCCCUUAGGAACCUUAUUUUAUUCUCAUAGGAAAUGUCAAACACCUUGUUUAUGAAUAUAAUAGGGUGGGACUUGAGAUUUGCUGAUCAUGUAAACAGGCCAGCCAAAACUGUUGACUUUGUGAUUAUUUCUUCAGUAUAGUGAAAUUUUUUAAUCUGAGCUGUGUGUAGGUAGUUAUUUCCAUGUAUAGUUGUUAUGGCAUGGUGAGGGUGGGGCAUUGAAGACUUGUGAAUUGUGCUGUUUUAUGAAGAGGUAAAUUACCAUGCAAGCAUUAGCUGCUUUAAGCACAUUUAAAUUUCACCACUUUCCGUGACAGAAUUAAGCAGAUGUUUUCAUUUUUUCCCCCACUGAAAUCAGCAGGGCUGCCCAUAACCGGGCAGAGUACUUUGUUUAUAGGAUCACAGUAGAGAAGAGGUGGCUGAGGCGGUGGUGGUGGAUGAUAAAUGAUGAUCUUCGUAGUUGAGCAACUGUCGUUUGACUAGUGCAACAGAAAAUAUUUAAUGAGUGGGAAAUUUCAAAAGUGGUGUGCUCAAUCUCCCUGCAUUUACUGCUUUUUCAAAAUUGAAAUAGGGAAAAUGAUAAUAAUGUGAAUUUCUGACUAGACCAGGUUAACUGGCCCAUCUCUGGAACUGGCCUCCUUGCUGUGUAGUAGUCUGCUGUUAGCUGAAGUGCUAAUUUGUUUUAUCUGGAUGCAAAACCAGACCGAUGUGCUCUCAGGGACAGUCUGAAGUGAACAGUUCAAACCUUUUUGAAGCAAAGCUCUUGUGCACUUAACAUUUGGCAUUACUUGUAAAGAUUUUGUGGUAAUUGGUAGGACAACAAACAAAAUGGAAGUUCAUUCUGUAAAUACGAAACCAUUUGCUUUAUAAGUACUUGUAAAUAAUAGCCUCGUAGAAGUGCUUAAACAGCAGAAAUAUGAGUACAUAAAAAGUGUGCUGAGAUAAUGGAGACAACUUUUUUAAAGCAUCUAUUUAAGUCUCAUUCAGGAAAAGUCAGAGGGUUCACAUAACAAGAUCCCAAAGAAUUAAAAAAAAAAAAAACUUGUGGAGUUUAUUUUCUAAGCAUGCUCAUUUUUCUAUUGUGUACAUAUGAUUUAUGCCUUGUAAAUAAUCUGGGAUUACAUCAAAAAAGGAAUCUUCUGGCUAGGGAGCAUGAUGUAGGCAGUGUGCCGCUCAUAUAACUUAAUGGUGACAUAAUAAAACUGGAAAGUGC